UUUUAAAGUGUUGCUGCAGGGAAAAAACAGAUUUUAUUGGGAGAAGAAGCUAAUUAAAUACUAAAUGCUGUGUUGCUCUGAUGAAUAGCUGCUGUGUGUGUACCCUUUGCUUGCUUAGUGGGAACAGGGUGUGGAUUAUAGUCACUUAAAAUAAGACUUUUAUUCAUUUAUCCAGUUCUCUAGAUAGCUGAGAUGGCUGCUCCUGAGAAAGAUCCAGAGCUGAGGCUGCUGCAGAAGAAUCCACUGGACCCCAGCACCUGUCAGAAGAGCAAGUUUUUGGAGGCUGAGUGGAAGACAGUGAUGCUGUCUGUGAAGUCCCAGGGCCAGCUGAGCCGCUGCCCGAGCGUGGCCGAGAGUGGGGACGGGGGCAUUGGCACCUCCUGCUCGGACAGCACCGAAGACUUCUGCAAUUCCAGUAGCAGUUCUUCAUUCCACCCCAUCAAAACCCAGGUGACCAUUCCAACAGCCCACGUUAUGCCUUCCACGCUGGGUGCCUCGCCCUCCAAGCUGUGCCCUGCAGGGGACCAGGGCUCUGCAAAGCCUGCUGUGCCAGCCUCUGCCCCAGGGCUCACCAGGAACGGGGAUUUCAACGCCGGGAAGUCCUCUCAGGUGCCACCCAGGGACCUCCUGCGUCUCUGCAGGGCUCCGGGGCAGAACGGCUGUGAGCACUCCUGGCCUCCUGCUGCUGAUCACAGGACAGAAGACACCUGGAAGUUUGACACCCCCGCCAUCGAGCAGACCCUUAACCAGUCUCUCUUUCUGGACAGUCUGUGCACUGACCCUCUGCACAGGUGCCACAAGUUGAACCCCGGCUCCGAGGCAGGGAAGGACCAUUACAAGGUGCUGCCAGAGAGCAAACAGGCGCCGGGGGCCAACGGAGCCGGCGAGCCCCGGGACGGGACGUGGCCCAGAGGGAGCAGGCUGAUGCCAGCAGGACUCCAGGCCAACAAUUUCUAUCCAAAACCUGUAGUAGCUCCCCCAAGCCGAGUGUGGAUGCAGGAAGGCUGCUCACUGCACCCCCACCAGGGAGUCUGUGAGCUCAGUGCCUGGAAACAGCAGCUGGACAAAGUGCGGCUGCAGGUGGAGCAGAUGCAGUUACAAAAUGGAGGCACCUGCCCCCAUUCCUCCAUGUAUUCCUCAUCCCUGCCUGCACCUGACCCAGCUCAGUGGAUCAAUAUCCUGAACUCCAAUGAAAACCUGCUCAAGGAGAAAGAGCUCCUCAUUGACAGACAAAGGCAGCACAUUUCCCAGCUGGAGCAGAAGGUCCGGGAGAGUGAGCUGCAGGUUCACAGUGCCCUGCUGGGCUGCCCAGCCUCCUAUGGAGAUGUCUACAUGCUGAGGAUGCAGGAGCUGCAGCGGGAGAACACGUUCCUGCGAGCACAGUUCACAGAGAAGACCGAGUCCCUCAGCAAGGAGAACAUCGAGCUGGAGAGGAAGCUGGCUGCUGCAGAGGUGGAUGUGAAGCUGGUCCGGGAGUCCCUGAAGGAAACAGUGCAGAAACAUGCAGAGGAGCUAAAGAAACAGGAAGAAAGGGUAAAAGGAAGAGACAAACACAUUAAUAACCUUAAAAAGAAAUGCCAGAAGGAAUCUGAACAAAACAGAGAGAGACAGCAGAGAAUCGAGACCCUGGAACGAUACCUGGCUGAUCUUCCAACCCUUGAGGACCACCAGAAACAGAGUCAGAAGCUGAAGGAAUCUGAACUGAAGACUGCUGCCCUGCAGGAAACAGUGCUGGCACUGGAAACAGAGCUUGGAGAUGUCCAGGCUGCUUUCAGGGAGCAAGAGCUGCAGCUGGAAACCCAAAAGCACAAGGAGAUGGAGUUUCUGUCCACUGUGCACAGCUUGCAGGACAAGUUGCAGCAGUAUGCAAAGAAUGCAGAGAGAGCACCCCCUGCCCAGGAUGGGGAGAGGCAGAAAAUGGAACAGGACUCUCUGAAGAAGGAGUGUGACUGCCUCAGGAAGAUUGUGGACAAAAAGCAGAAGAAGAUGGAGCAGUUAUCCUUGCAAGUCAAGAACCUGGAGGAACAGGUGGCCCAGGAAGAGGGGACAAGCCAAGCUCUGAAAGAGGAGGCAGUGAGAAGGGAAAAUGCUCUGCAGCAGCUCCGGGCUGCCGUGAAAGAGCUGUCCGUGCAGAACCAGGACCUGAUUGAGAAGAAUCUGACGCUGCAGGAGCGGCUCCGGCAGGCGCAGCUGACGGCCCAGCCCCUGCCUGCUGACACGGCCCAGCUGGCCCAGGAGCUGCACGGGGAGCUGGCCAGCUGCCUGCAGGAUUUACAGUCUGUCUACAGCAUCGUCACCCAGAGGGCUCAGGGCAAGGACCCCAACCUCUCUCUGCUCCUGGGCAUUCACUCUGUGCAGUACCCUGUGAAGGAGAAGGACGAGCUGCUGAGCCCUGAAGGACUGGCCAAGAAACUGGUGGAGGUAAAACAGCUUCACAAAGAGGUGGAGGAGUUGAGGACUGCAAUAUCUGACAGAUAUGCUCAGGACAUGGGAGACAACUGCAUCACCCAGUGAAGAACACUCCCAAAGCAGGCAGGUGUGCCAGUUACACUGCUGGCAUUUACAUUGAGGUGCUGCUGCCUUGGAUUGAUGGAGCAGGACCUGCUUUCCUCAGGUAAAUGCAACUAGUGUCUUUCAGCAGCCAGCAUGAGUUGAGGAAUAAAGCAACACUAAAAGACUCUGGAAACUCCCCCUGGGCACUGUUACCCCAGAAGCCUUAAGACUUUUUUCCUCUGAAAUAGCACUGGGAGUGGGCUGUGAUUCAGACUGCAGAGGAGGUGGAUGGAUGCUGAAGUGCCUUAAUGAGCUGGAAGAACCCUCUGUCCCCACUCUGCUCUGUGCCUAAUGCAUCUACUGGCAGGUGAGGAGCUGCUCUUCCCUUUUAGAGCCAUCACAAGCAAUCCUGGGGAGUCCCACGUGUUUGUGACCUCUGCCAGAGCCUCCAAGAGCCUCUGUGCCCAUGGGGACACACCUCUGCUUUACUGGGACAAAGCCAUACUGGUCCUGCUGUGGAGGGGGUGGCACACGGAGCUCUUUCUGCAAGGCAGUGGCCACUUGGGCUUUGUCACAGCCCUGUCCCUCCUUCCCUGCUCCUCUGCAAGUAAUGGGAUUUCUAAAUGAAUCAUUGUGGGAUCAGUUCACUGUACCACAGCCCUCCCUAAGCCCAGUGACACCUUUACAGUACUGAGUCUGAGGGCGGAAUUUGGUUUUCAUCUUGAGUUAAGAGCAAGAUGCCAAGUUAUGACAGGGAAAAAUCCUGCUGACACUUGUGUUGUUUGGCUGCUCUUCGUUCUUGUUGGGGCUGUGAGCCCUGGGUUUGGCAGAAAUGCUUUUUGUUAUUCCUUUGUGUUACAAUUUUAAGACCAAAUCUGUUUUGUUCUCGGUGUUUGGCCACCGUGGGGGGAACGGUGGCAGGGAAUGGUUGGUUUGUCCUGCACGGGGAGCACGCAGCAGUGUGUGCCUGGCAGUGUCUGUCUGUCUGUCCUGCUCCCCCUGGCUGUGUCUGUCCCCAGGGUGCUGGUGCUGUGUACUGAGCAAAAACACAUUUCCAGGGCUGACUGCUGGGAGCUCUGCUGGCUCCUGCAGGUUCUCAGGGGGUUUGGGCACCAUCUCCUUCUCCCCUUUGCUCUGUGGUGGGUGCAAGAUCUCGUUCAUGGGUGCUGUGAGGGGACAGUUUUGCCCUCUGCCCCUGCAGAGAUGAUUGUGAGAUGAGAUUAUUGUGACUGAAAGCACCUCAGCUGCUGCCCGGCCCGGUCCCAGGUCCUGUGUCCCCUCCUCGGGCACACAGCCUCUGCUCAUCCUCCUGCUCAGCUGAGCCCCUCUGGCCCAGAGCCCGAUCCCAGGUGCUGUUUGCUGCUGCUGCAGGGCAGAUCUUGGGCCCUUUGCUGCAGAACACGCCAGGCUGCCAGGACAGUGUUCCCUCCCUGUCCCCCAUUCAUGUCACGCAUGUCCCCUCUCGGUGCCCCGUGUUGUGCCCGCUCCCGUUGGGCUCCGUGUCUUUGUACCGGCCUCUGUCUCACCGCGUGUUUGUACCGAGUGUUUGGAGUAUCAAAUAAAGCUGCUCUGACCCA